CGUAUGGCCACUACGUCCUGCUGCUACCCUGUAGGAAUGUCCUUGGACAUGCGUAUUCAUUGCCUCCCCCCAACAUGCUGUUUUCCAGUAUACCAUAUGUUCGAGCUAAUUAUAAAUGAAUAUCUUGGAAAUACUAUGUGCAAGGAUUGGACGAUUAUUGACAUGCUCGAAUAUGUCGAAUCAAAAUCUGAAAUAUCCACUGAUCUAAUCGAGACCUUGAAAACUGAAAUAUACUCAACUUUACAAAAUUUCAGAGAUACUCAUAACAUUCAUAUUCACGAGAACGCAAAAAACAAAGCUUUGAUAAAUGAAAGAAGGGGAUUCCAUCUAGCCGUGCGUCGAAAUGUGACCUCAUCAAACACGUUACAAGCACUAGAGGGAAAAGAAAUUGAAGAGAUACGCAAUACAAAUGAAAAUGAGGUUUCUAUCUCUGUUAAUGAUGAAUCUGGUCAGGGUAAUGAAAAAGGAGUGACUCAAGAG